AUGAACGGCUACGGUUCGCCCUACUUGUACAUGGGCGGCCCGGUGGCGCCUCCGGCGCGGGCGCCCCUGCAGCGGACGCCCAAGUGCGCGCGCUGCCGCAACCACGGCGUGCUGUCGUGGCUGAAGGGCCACAAGCGCUACUGCCGCUUCAAGGACUGCACGUGCGAGAAGUGCAUCCUCAUCAUCGAGCGGCAGCGCGUCAUGGCCGCGCAAGUGGCGCUGCGCAGGCAGCAGGCCAACGAGAGCCUCGAGAGCCUCAUCCCCGACGCUCUGCGCGCCCUGCCCGCCGCCGCCGCGCCCGGCUCGGCUGGGGCCACGGCCACAGGACACCCCGGAGCUGGAGCAGCAGGAGCCGCUGCAGCCGCCGUCGCCCCCUCGGAGGGACCCCCAGGCACCCCGCAUCGCCCGCCGAUGGAACUGGCCGCCGCAGCCCUCCGCUGGGCUUCCGAGCAGCCCGCCGCCGUCCAGCCGCAACUGGCCAAAGCAGACCUGACUGAAGACCGACUGGGGGAUGCCAGCGGAGUGGACAGUGCCGAGACCUAUAGUGACAAAGACACCGACCAAAGGAGCACCCCGGACUUGACAAAAGCCAAGAGCGGUUUCACUCCAGAGAGCCCAGAGAUUGUGUCCGUGGAUGAAGGAGGCUACGCCAUCCAGAAAAACAGUGGCAGCGCCGACAGCAGGCCCGAGAGCCCCAAGUACCAGCCAGAGCCAAACCACCUCCUGAUCGAAGGUCCGUCAGGGACAGUUUCUCUUCCUUUUGGCUUGAAAGCCAACCGACCACCCCUUGAGGUGUUAAAAAAGAUAUUUCCCAACCAGAAGCCAACCGUGCUUGAAUUAAUCUUGAAGGGCUGUGGGGGUGACCUGGUGAGUGCGGUUGAGGUUCUUCUGUCGAGCAGGUCCUCCAUAGCUGGCGGGGACCGAACUUCUGCAGAAUCGGAAGGUCUGGUUUUGCCUUCAAAUGGACACCUCUUUGAACACACGUUGGGUUCCUAUCCCAUUUCUUCCUCCAAGUGGUCAGUAGGAUCUGCCUUCAGAGUUCCAGACACGCUGAGGUUUUCUGCUGACGCUGGUAAUGUUGUGCCCAAUCCGUUGGCCGUCCCCCUACAGCACCCGUUCCCACAGCCACCUCGGUACCCGCUGAUGCUGAGGAAUACUUUGGCAAGAAACCAAUCCAGCCCGUUUCUGCCCAACGAUGUCACCUUGUGGAACACCAUGACGCUACAGCAGCAGUACCAGCUGAGGUCUCAGUAUGUCAGCCCUUUCUCCACCAAUACAACCAGCGUCUUCCGAAGUUCUCCAGUGCUUCCGACGCGGCCGUCAGAAGAUCCUAGGAUCUCCAUCCCUGACGAUGGAUGCCCAAUUGUCUCCAAGCAGCCUAUUUAUACAGAAGACGACUAUGAUGAAAGAUCGGACUCCUCAGACUCUAGAAUACUAAACACAUCCUCUUAGAAUGACAAUUUACAAUGAUAUUUAGCAAUGUGGCAGAACUACUGGGUAUCAAGAGGAAGGAAUGGCGGCCCUUGUAACUGUAUUAUAUAAAGAAGUGAUUUUGCUUGUUACUAUCCUUUAGCAAUAAAGACAUAACUUAUUUUAUUUCUUGCACUUCACUGGAAAAUGCCAAAUAGCUACCACUUCAUGGCUUUAGUACUGAACGUUUAUUGCAGAAAAAGGGGGGGGGAGAUUAAUUUUAAGCAUAGAUGUGAGAAACCAGGGAUUGCAGAACAUUUUAGAGUGGAGCAAAUAAGUCUUGCCUUGCAGACAGUUGGGAAUGUUGAUAUAUUGUACUUGAAUGCAGUGUUCAAAAAGA